AUGGCGACGAAGAAGCAAGCAGUGCUCAUUGCUCUCACAUGGCUGCUAGUGCUAGCCACCAUUGUCAUAUCUGCUCACGCCACUGCUGAUGUUGCUGCUGGUACUGUGAAAAACCCCGACGCUUUCAAGGAUCCGAAUGUUGCUCAACCCAUGGCUGGUUGUCGCUGCUGCACUUGGUUCAGGAAUCAGUAUGGAAAUCUCCAAUGUGGGUAUGUUUGUUGUACCGAUGGUUGUUGCUAA